UUUAUAAUUAGACCUAGGAUCAAUUUAGUAAUUUAUGGGUGUCAAAUCCCUCUUCGUUAAUGAAAGUCGAUUCAACUCCAAUUCUCUACAAUAUGGGUCUCGACUACAAAGUAUUCACCAGCAGACGAUCCGGCGUGAAUCGGUCCACCCCAGCCGGUCACGAUCAUCUCGAGUGGGUGCCGACCACUUCGACUUUGAUAUUCGGCCAAAAAGAUGCGGUGCUGGUCGAUACGCAAUUAACCAUUGCUGCUGCCAAAGAGUUGGUAGACUGGGUUGUAGCCACUGAAAAAAACCUCACGACGAUCUAUGUCUCUCAUGCCCAUGGCGAUCAUUUUUAUGGAACCGGUGCCCUCCUCGAGAAAUUUCCAGAGGCAAAAGUCGUGGCUACGCCGGAGACCGUCUCUCGUAUGGCUGAAGCCAUAUCUCCCGAAGGGAUGGACGCCUUUUGGAGAGAACUUUUCCCUGCUCAGAUCCCGGAAAAGCUCGUGAUGGCCACCCCCUUGGAGCAAGACCACAUCAUGUUGGAAAACGAGCGAUUGGAAGUGGUCAGACUGGGCCAUACAGACACAGAUGACACAACGGCUCUCUGGGUACCUGCAAUCGGCUUGGUUGCCGCGGGUGACGCAGUCUACAACAAUACCCACCCAUACCUUGGCGAGUCGAAAUCCCAAGAGGCCAGAUCGAGAUGGGUGGCAGCGCUAGAUAAGAUCGCGGCCCUUAAACCGAGAAUUGUCGUUGGCGGUCACAGUGACCCAUCUAAGGGAUUCUCCCCCGAUGCCGUCCAAGCGACCAAGGACUAUUUGGAUGACUUCGCGCGACUGGAUGGGCAAACAUCCACUCCCGAGGAACUAUACUCCAAGAUGAUGGAAUUGCAUCCCGCUCGAUUGAAUAUCGGCUCGCUAUGGGGAGCUGCAACGCUCGUGAAAAAAUAAUUCUAUGCAUGGUCUCCAUGUUGACUGGAGUAACCAAUGGGUCGAAUUAGUGCACUAUGAUUCGGUAUUAGCAUAGGAUAACCAAGAGCACAUUCCUUGAUAUUGUAUUACGAGAGGAU